AUGGUUGCAACAAAACUGAUACUGACAUUCAUGAAAAACUUUUCAACCUUAAAACAAGCAAAACAAAUCCAUGCACAAAUCAUAACCAACGACCUUACCCGUCUUGAACCCCUCUUCAUUCAUCGCAUUCUUCUCUGUGAUAUCACCAACCACAAAACCAUAUCACCCUACAUCCUCUCAAUUCUUCACCAUCUUCGAGACCCAGAUUCCUUCUCAUGGGGUUGCGUCAUUCGAUUCUUCUCUCAAAAGGGUCAAUUCAUUGAAGCUGUUUCGCUCUAUAUUCAAAUGAGGAAGGUUGGGCUUUGUCCAAACUCACACGCUGUAUCCUCUGUUCUUAAGUCAUGUGCUAAGGUUGAAGAUGAUUUGUGUGGUGUGUCGGUUCAUGGGGAUGUUCAGAAAAUUGGAUUUAGUAGGUGUGUUUAUGUACAAACGGCGCUUCUUGAUUUGUACUGUAAAAAUGGUGAUGUUUUGACUGCGCGUAAGGUGUUUGAUGAAAUGGCUGAGAGAAAUGUUGUUUCUUGGAAUUCUUUGUUAGUUGGGUAUAUAAAAGGUGGUAACUUGGAUGAGGCUCGGUGUUUUUUUGAUGAGAUUCCUAAGAAAGAUGUUAUUUCUUGGAACUCUAUGGUUUCUGGAUACGCGAAAGGAGGAAAAAUGGAGCAGGCUUGUUAUUUGUUUCGACAAAUGCCGGAGAGAAGUAUUGUUUCCUGGAAUACGAUGAUUUCUGGUUACGUUGAUUGUGGGAGCAUUAGGUUGGCUAGAGAAUUUUUUGAUGUUAUGCCGAAGAGAAACAGUGUUUCUUUGAUAACUAUGAUUGCUGGGUAUUCCAAGAGUGGUGAGGUUGACUCUGCUCGUGAGAUCUUUGAUAGGAUGGAUGAUAAGGAUUUGUGGUCAUAUAAUGCUAUGAUAGCUUGCUAUGCUCAAAAUAGCAAACCAAAAGAAGCCCUUGACCUAUUUAAUGGCAUGCUUAAACCAGAAAUCGGUUUACAUCCGGACAAGAUGACUUUGGGUAGUGUUAUAUCAGCUUGUUCACAAUUGGGGAAUCUAGAUCAGUGGCUCUGGAUUGAGACACACAUGAAUGACUAUGGAGUUGUAUUGGAUGAUCAUUUGACCACUGCGUUAAUUGACUUGUAUGCAAAGUGUGGGAGCAUUGACAAGGCAUGUGAGCUAUUCCAUGGGCUGAGAAAGAGGGAUGUGGUUGCAUAUUCUGCAAUGAUCUAUGGAUGUGGCGUAAAUGGAAAGGUGUCCGAUGCAGUCGAUUUAUUUGAACAGAUGGUUGGAGAGUGUAUUGACCCUAAUUUGGCCACGUACACAGGAAUUCUGACUGCCUAUAAUCAUGCAGGUUUGGUUGAGGAAGGUUACCGGAGCUUUAACUCCAUGAAGGACAACGGCCUUGCUCCUUCGGUUGAUCAUUAUGGAAUCAUGGUUGAUCUUUUGGGGAGGGCCGGAUGGCUGGAUGAAGCGUAUAAGCUUAUAAUGAAUAUGCCAAUGCAACCAAAUGCUGGUGUGUGGGGAGCUCUACUUCUUGCCUGCAGAUUGCAUGGCAAUGUGAAGCUUGGGGAAAUAGCUGCUCAGCAUUGCAUUAAGCUGGAGAGUGAAACAGCUGGCUACUAUUCUCUUCUUUCUGGUAUAUAUGCCACUAUUGGAAAAUGGAAUGAUGCCAAAAAGUUGACGACAGGUGUGGAAGGAAAAAAAAUUAUCAAGAUACCUGGAUGUAGUUGGACACAACUUGAGUGA